GGGGCGGCCCCGGGGCCGGUCCGGCCCGCCGUGCCCGGCUCUCCGGCGGCGCCGAUGGGGCUGCGGGCCUGGCUGCGAUCGCUCGGCUGCUGCGGCUGCUGCGGCGGGGAGGCGGCGGUGGCCGAGAAGGAGCCUCUGCUCAGUAACAACAACCCCUACGCGUCCUUUGGAGCCACCCUGGCACGGGAUGAGGAGCAGAACCUGUGGAGCACUCCCCACGACGUGACCCACACCGAGGCUGAUGAUGACCGCGUGCUCUACAACAUGAUCGUGGUCAGGAACCAGCUGGACAAAGACUCGGAGGAGUGGCAGAAGCUCAACUAUGACAUUUAUACUUUGCGGCAGACCCGGAAAGAAGUGAGGAGCAGGUGGAAACACAUUUUGGAGGAUUUAGGUUUCCAGAAGGAAGCAGAUUCCCUCUUGUCAGUGACCAAACUCAGCAUCAUCAGCGACUCUCAGAACAUGAGCAAGGCCCGGGACAUCUUGUUAAAGCUCUCAGAAGAGACCAACAUCUUCCCUACCAGCUGGGAGCUUUCUGAGCGCUACCUCUUUGUGGUGGACCGGCUCAUCGCCCUGGACGCCGCGGACGAGUUCUUCAGGAUGGCCAGCGCGGUGUAUCCCAAGCGGCCGGGCGGGGACGAGGCCCCGCGGGCCCCGCAGAGCGGCCCGGCCGCGGUGCCCUGAGGAUGAUCCCUGCCGGGGUGACACGGCCGGCGCUCCGGGACAGGCUCCGUGCCCGGCACAGCGCGGA